AGGCCCCGCCGCGGCCCUUCCGCCGCCGGGGCGGGCCGAGCUCGGGGCCGCCGCCGCCGUCAUUGCGGACGGGACGAUGUCUCGCUGCAGCCCCGCCGCCGCCCGCCUGCUCGGCCGCUUCCUCCGCCUUCAACAGAAUGGAGUCCGACACUGCUCCUACACAGCAUCCAGGAAAAACCUGUAUGUUAACAAAAGCACAAAGGUUAUCUGUCAGGGUUUUACAGGCAAACAGGGCACCUUUCACAGCCAGCAGGCAUUGGAGUAUGGCACCAAUCUAGUUGGAGGAAUUUCUCCAGGGAAAGGGGGAAAAACUCAUCUAGGUCUGCCUGUGUUUAAUUCUGUGAAGGAGGCCAAAGAACAAACGGGUGCUUCAGCCACUGUCAUCUACGUCCCUCCCCCAUUUGCAGCUGCUGCCAUCAACGAGGCCAUCGAUGCAGAGAUGCCCCUGGUGGUGUGCAUCACUGAGGGCAUCCCCCAGCAGGACAUGGUGCGGGUCAAACACAGGCUGCUGCGGCAGAGCAAGACCCGGCUGGUGGGCCCCAACUGCCCCGGAGUCAUCAAUCCUGGAGAAUGUAAAAUUGGUAUCAUGCCUGGUCACAUUCACAAGAAAGGAAGAAUUGGUAUUGUGUCAAGAUCUGGAACCCUGACAUACGAAGCUGUUCAUCAGACAACACAAGUUGGCUUGGGGCAGUCUUUUUGCAUUGGUAUUGGAGGUGAUCCCUUCAAUGGAACUAAUUUUAUUGACUGCCUUGAUGUCUUCCUGAAAGAUCCUCAAACUGAGGGGAUAAUAUUGAUUGGGGAGAUUGGAGGAAAUGCUGAAGAAGAUGCAGCGGCAUUUUUGAAAGAAAAUAAUUCCGGUCCCAACCCCAAGCCAGUGGUGUCCUUCAUAGCCGGGCUGACGGCUCCUCCGGGCCGGCGGAUGGGCCACGCUGGAGCCAUCAUUGCUGGGGGAAAGGGGGGAGCCAAGGAGAAGAUUGCAGCCCUCCAGAGUGCAGGGGUUGUGGUCAGCAUGUCCCCUGCUCAGCUGGGCAGCACCAUCUACAAGGAGUUUGAGAAAAGGAAAUUGCUGUAAGAGAAGACACUUUGGAAUACUUUCUCCAAAACACCAGUGCAGCACCCGGCCUCCGCUUUCCUUUUGUCUGCUAAUCUUCAGUUGCCCCAAUGACUUGACAUUGGUCAAUGAAUUUGACUCAGAAGCCAUAAACCUCCUGGCUAAACCUGUUUUGGUGUCUCCUUGUUUCAGACGUUGUCACCCUGUUGUAAAUCACUGCAAAUUAAUAAAUCUACUACUAAAUCUGA